AACACGUUCCUGCAGAUCGUGUCCCCACAAUCUACCCUAGGCUUGAUAUAAGCUCUUGCCUGACUCGACUAAACCUUCUUACUUAAGCUUACUGACCAUGUCUGACUCCAUCCCCUCUGCCCACCCGGACGCUGGCGCCGCCGACCAGCACCGCCCCGCAAACGCGGAAGACCGCAAAGCCGCCGCUGCCCUUUCCUCUCUGAACACGACUGAGAUCGGUGCGGACUCAGGCGCCAAGCCGCCUUUAUCGGCGGACCAGGAGGCACUGGGGAAGGCGAUGAGCCGGUUGGAGAUCGUUGCGGGGCAGGAUGCCGGCAAGAAGGCGACUGGGCCGCAGAAGGAGGCAGAGGUAGUGAGGAAGAAGGCCGUGAAAGUUGCCUCGGAAGAUAUUAGCCUCUUGGUUGACCAGUUAGAUUUAACGAAGGUCAAGGCGACCGAGCUCUUGAAAUCCAACAAUGGAGAUGCUAAGCAGGCGAUCAAGGCUUUUAUAACUCCUGUGGGGGCUUGAGUCGCUAUCUGCUAGCUGGUCUGAAAUUGGAAUGUAAGAGAUACUAAGAUGUACGCUCAGUAAACCAAUACUUUCAAGCAUGGCUGAGCAACGAAGAGCCAUGGCGACUGCUUGCCCGAGAAAAGUUAACGAACUUAAUG